UUUAUUGUUGUUACCAGAAACUCCAGAUGAAAAUGGCAAAACCCAGCGAGCUGACAGUCUUAUUAUGAAGAAAAUAAAGAAAAAAAAGAAAAAGAAACACCGGGAAGAUGUGAGGGGAAAACGUCUGAAGAUGUACAACAAAGAGGUGCAGACUGUGUGUGCUGGGCUCACUCGCAUUGACAAGGAGACUCUGUCUCAAGGACAGUGUGACAACCUGGAAAUGAACAAGGAAUCCUUCAGGUACCUGAAGGAUGAGCAGCUGUGCAGGCUGAACUUGGGCAUGCAGGAAUACCGGAUACCCCAGGGAGUACAAACCCCCUUUGUGACACACCAGGAGCACUCUGUCCGCAGCAGCUUCCUGAAGACUGGCACUAAAUUCAGUAACUUCAUUCACGAGGAGCAUCAGUCCAAUGGAGGUGCCCUGGUCCUGCACGCUUACAUGGAUGAACUCUCAUUUUUGUCUCCAGUGGAGAUGGAGAGAUUUGCAGAAGAGUUUCUUGCAUUGUCAUUCAGUGAAAAUGAUAAAAAUGCAGCAUACUAUGCCUUAGCCAUAGUGCACGGAGCAGCUGCCUAUUUACCAGACUUCCUGGAUUACUUUGCUUUUAACUUUCCAAAUACUCCAGUGAAAAUGGAAAUUUUGGGCAAGAAGGACAUUGAAACAACAACAAUUUCAAAUUUUCACUCUCAGGUCAAUCGGACGUACUGCUGUGGCACCUACAGAGCAGGACCCAUGCGCCAGAUCAGCCUGGUGGGAGCAGUGGAUGAAGAAGUUGGGGACUACUUCCCAGAAUUCCUAGAUAUGUUGGAAGAAUCUCCAUUUCUUAGAAUGACUUUGCCCUGGGGGACUCUUUCCAGUCUCAGACUUCAGUGCAGGUCCCAGAGUGAUGAUGGACCCAUCAUGUGGGUGAGGCCGGGAGAGCAGAUGAUCCCCACAGCUGAUAUGCCAAAAUCACCCUUCAAACGGCGCCGGUCCAUGAACGAGAUCAAGAACCUGCAGUACCUACCUCGGACCAGCGAGCCCCGUGAGGUCCUGUUUGAGGACAGGACCAGAGCUCACGCUGACCAUGUGGGGCAGGGCUUUGACUGGCAGAGCACAGCUGCUGUCGGGGUGCUCAAGGCUGUGCAGUUUGGGGAAUGGAGUGACCAGCCUCGUAUAACCAAAGAUGUGGUUUGUUUUCAUGCUGAAGACUUCACUGAUGUUGUGCAGAGACUUCAGCUGGACCUGCAUGAACCUCCAGUGUCACAGUGUGUUCAAUGGGUGGAUGAAGCCAAACUAAACCAAAUGAGACGGGAAGGCAUUCGCUAUGCUAGGAUUCAGUUGUGUGACAAUGACAUCUACUUCAUCCCUAGAAAUGUCAUUCAUCAGUUCAAAACAGUGUCAGCAGUCUGCAGCUUAGCCUGGCACAUCAGACUCAAACAGUAUCACCCCAUGGGGGAGACUUCUCCAAAAGCAGAAAGCAAUUCAAGCCUGAGCAGUGAUGUUCCUGGAAACCUAGAGGCAGAAGGUGAACCCCAAGGUGUGAGUGUAAAGAUAGAGUCUGAAGAACCAGGUAUAGAAAUUCAGCUUACCCCAGGGGUGCUCUCCUCCUCUGUUUCUUCAAUAUCAGGACUUGUGCAACCAGAUCAGGUGGCCCAGCCCCUUACAGGUUUUAAAACAGAGUCUGAUCAGCAACACAAUCCACAGGAUCAUGCAGGCUCUUCUGUGUGAUAUGUAUAUAUUCAAACAUUUUUUAAACAACUUUUUAAAAUUUUGAUGUGAAGUUAUAGUUUUAUAACUGGCUUAUGUUUUAUUGGAGAAAUCUUGCCUAUAAUUCUAUAAAGAAAGGUGACAUUCCAAAAUGUCAAGCAUAUCUUUUUUACACAGAUUAUGCAAAAUUCAAGUUGUAUUUUAACCCCUUAGUACAACCUGUAACAGUGGUCUACCACUUCUUUCUGUUUAACUGAAGAGAUGUUGAAUAUCUUCUCAAAGUCAGAUUGAAAUUCCUCCAGGAACAUGAAAUGAUUGAACUCACCAUUGGUCACUGUUAUUUCCCUACUUUUACUUUAUCUCUAAUCUUCACCAGAAAGUGAUGCUUUUGUAGAAGACUUGCAAAGUGACUUCCCCAUCUCAUUUUAAUUGCUUAAAAAAGUAAAAAAAAAAAAAAAAGGAAAAAAAGAAAAAGAAAAAAAUAGAGAAAGCACAGCACUUUUGAUGAUUUGUGGAAUUUUUGGUAUGUCUGUUCUUGACAUGUUGGUUUAUAUACAAGCUAUAGAAAUUGAUGUUUCUUACAGUUCCUACAAGGGUGACCUGUAAAAAGAACUGAAGCAAGUGUCUGAUUCCUGUUGAAAUGCAAUGACUUACUGACCUAACACUUCUCACAGCACUGCUUAUGUUGUUUGGUGUGAGGGUUUUUGCUUCCAAAAUACAUCUUCCCUGAACGUGAUAAAUGCUAGUGUCAAAAUUAGAGAACCUCUCGGUAGUCUUGUGGAGGAAACUGCUAUCUUUGAGCACUUUAAUGCUUUAAAAUACUUAACCAACUUGGCAGCUUGUUUGAUCGGGUCGUAACGUGUCCAAUGGAUUGGACUUUCCCUUGUACUGAUGCACUUAAUAUAAUAAUCAUUGAGCUGAUACUAGACUUCCUAGAAUAAGGACAGCCUUACUGUGUAAGUUCUGUGUUAGUAUUUCACAAUAAAAAGUAUUUUGGCGUUGGACUGCUUUUUCCACGUGUAGCUCCUGGGUGCCCAGUUACUGUGGAAAAAUCAGCAGCACAUGCUCAAUGUGUAGAGUGUCAGCUAUUAACAGUUUUUAAACGAUCUUUCAAUGUUUCUGGAUGUAAAUGUGUAAUCUGUAUUUGACUUUCACUCACCCCAUUUAUUACUGCCCUUUCCAGUCAUCAAAAGGAAAAGUCCCUUUUCCCUCUCCCUCCCUCCUCCCCGCAUUUAGAGUACAAGUUGGGGUUUGGUGCAACUUAAGCUGUCUCCAGAUAACUUUAUUUGUUCUAAUCCUCACUGGGGUAGGAAAGAUUUGAAACACUAUGUUAGACUAGACAAAAGCAAAGAUGCUGUGUUAGUUCUGGAUGCAUCUUUUUAAUAUCAAUUAUUACUCUUCUCUUUAUAAGGGUCUCUAAAAUAUGUUACUCUAUUAUAAAUCUUACUUUGUGCAAUAUUGUUUGUGUAGGCUUUUAUAUACAUAUUAGCACCUCAGUGUAGAGGUCACUAUUUUAAACUGAUAGAGAAAUAAUCCUCAGAAGAUACUGCAGUGAUUAGUUAGAACCUGUAUUACUCCUUAUGUGUAUGUAUGUAUUGUCUUCGGUACAAAAAUGAGGACUAGGAAAUAUUUCAAUUUAAAACUAAUUUACAGAUUGAAGUGGUAGUGACUCGUUUAGUAAUCUGUGUAAAUAAGGUGUUAGAAUGGAAAGCUUUUAUGAUGAGAAGUAAUGUGAUUCAUGCAGGGGUGUAAUUUAAUCUUAGCAGAAAUUCUAGAUGACUCAGUGUGGCUCAGAAACGAGCUGUCAGUUCUCUGGUGGGUUUUUUCCACUUUUUAUGUUGAGAGGAAUUUCAUAGCUUUAAGGGUUGUGCAAAGUAAAAUUCCUCACAGGCAAUAGUGGUUUCACUUCAUCCUUCACAUUCAAAGAUUCCCCAGGGGUGUUCUUUCCUUUUGACCAAGUCUGCGAGUCUUCCACGUGCCCAUUCUGCGCCUCUCCCGUGCUGCUCCCUGGCCCAGCCAGGGUGGCCCUUCCCUGGCAGCCAGCACUGAUCACUCAGGAACUGUCACACCUGCAGGGGCCAAGCGAGCCUGCAGAGGCAGCAUAAACAGUGAGAGCCCCCAUGCACCAACCUGUCUGUUUCUUGGGAAAAUUGGAAUGGAAUGAAGAGAGAAUGCAUUUGGAAGUCCUUUGUAAAUUCUAAUAGCAUGUUUUCAAAUGGAUGAAGGAAGACUAGGGUGGUUUGUGCUACUUUCCAAGCUGUAGCUUUAGUGACAUCAGUGACAACAGCCUGAAAUUCCUGGAAAAUGCUCUGACUUCCUCUUGCAUGGAGGUACAUGACCAAUAGCAUCAUGCUCUCUGUGCUCUGCUCAGUUACUAACUUAAAACCUAAUGUCAGAUUUAAAUGCACAUAAAUAAAGGUAUCUUUGAAUGACCUGAA